CGAAAAUGCUGAAUAUCUCAAAAAGAAAAAGAGAGGGUACCAUGAAAGUCACAUUGAGUUCGGCUUCAUAGAAGCAAUGGACAAUGGGGGGGUCGCCAAAGUUUACAAUGGUAAAAAUGUGGGUCCCUCAAGAAAAAGGUUGGGAACAACUGACAUAUAUUUAUAUAUUUAUUUCUUUUUUCAUUCCUCAUAAUGAGCUCUUUAAUUGAACUCACUUGUUUCCUGCCCCUCAGGACUGUGCAAGAGCCCUGCGGCUUUUGAGGCAACAGCCUCUAAAUUAAACAGGCUUUUAUGUGCUACUUUGAGGGGCUUUUGUGUGCAUGUGUACUGUGUGUGCUCGAGUGAUUUUUGUGGGGAUUGAGCAUCCUCCUGGUGCAGCAGCAGCAGCAGCAGCAGCCCUCCCCCUCUUGCAGCCUCUCCAGCAGAAUGCCCGACAUGCAAACGGAAGCAGGCGCUACCAUUUUGAAAUACAGCACCGCCUAGCCGGCCAUAAAGGUUGUUCAGGAGCAGGACAAGGUGGCGACCAACCUGUACAGACGUUCCUCGGUUUGACUUGUGUCGCCAUGGACAAGAGCCACACAGUGAAGCUCUUCGUGGGCAACCUGGCGUUGGACACCACCCAGGAGGAGCUGUCCGCCAUCUUUGAACCCUACGGCCAGGUGGUCAGCUGCAGCGUGCUGCGACAGUUCGCCUUUGUGCACCUGCAGGGUGAGGGCGCCGCCGAGAGAGCCAUCCGGGAGCUCAACGGACGGGAGUUUCGCGGACGGAAUUUGGUGGUGGAGGAGUCGAGGGGGAGGCCGCUGCACUCCACCAAGGUGUUUGUGGGUAAUCUGAGUGGGAUGUGCACCACUGAGGACCUCCAGCAGCUGUUCCAGACAUUCGGAAAAGUUCUGGAGUGUGAUAAAGUGAAAGGCUAUGCCUUUGUCCACAUGGAAAACAAAGAAGACGCGCUCCAGGCCAUCGAGGCCCUGCACGGCACCUCGUUUAAGGGCCGCCCACUGUCUGUAGAGCUGUCCAAGGUCCAGCCCAGCAAGCAGGCGCCGACAGGAAAGAUCCCCUGUGUUAACUGUGGGAAGCAGGGCCACUAUGCUGGAGAGUGCCCUGUGGGGAAGCCUUCUCUGGAGCAGUACCAGAGUCAGGCGGCGGUCCUGGCUGCUGCAGCCGCCGCGGCCGCCGGCCUGCCGCUGCAGGUCCAGCAAAGCGUGCACAACUCAGUCUACAACACCUCCACCUUUGAUCCCACGUACGCCGCUCUCACUGGGAUCACCACGGGAACACGCACAGAUGGAAACCCAGUGAAUCCGGCUGUUUACGGUGCUCUUGCCAGCCAGGUGUACGGUGCCAAUGUUGCCAGUCAGCUUUAUGGAACGGUGGCAAAUCAGGCAGCUCUCACAGCAGGCGCCACGCAAAUGUACAGCUCCAUGACGCCCAACAUCUACGGCCAGAUGGCGGCGACUCCGGCGGCUGCUGCUGCGGCCGCGGCUGCCGCCUACUCACCUCAAGUUUACACCCCGACAGUGGCCAACUCCCAUGUGUAUCUGACUGCCGCUCACGGAUUAGAUAUGCAAACGGCAGCAGCGGCGGUCAACCCCGCCUACAGUGUAGCUCCGGCAAUUUACGGCGCCGCCGCGCCGGCCUACGCUCAUAUAAGCGCCAUGGGAGCAGCGGACCCUACGACGGCCAUCUUCGAGGCAGCCAGACAGGCGCAUUACUUCGCCCAGGGCCAGCAGGUGAUGGCCGACCAGCAAACGGUGGCGGCCGCAGCAGCAGCGGCCGUGGCAAAGUCUGGUGAGAGGGACCGCAGCCCCCUACGGAGGUCAGUUCCUCUGCUACCAGACCCAGUGAUGAAGCCGUUCAUGUACCAGAGAGCGAAGCCACGGCGACCCCUGCUCCCCACGCCGGCCGGCCGGGCAGCAGAAGAGGCAGCAGAGGCUGCAGAGGACCCCAUGGCCAGGUACUAUGCCGAGUACUACCAGCAGCUGCAGCAGUACCCUCAGUUCCAGUACGCCUACCCACCACCCACCGCGGUGACGGCCAUCCCUGGCAUGCCGGGAGUGUCGGCGGUGUCUGCGGUCCCCACCGUCUCCGCGAUGUCCGCCCAGUCUGUCGCUGCGCUGGACGCCCUCAGGCCAGUGGUCCCCACCGCCGCGGCAGUGGCAGCCGCCAUGGCUGCGCCAAGGGUGUAUGAGCCGCCGUUGCCGCCGCCCACGCGCAAGGAGGCCAUCCUCCGCCGCCCCGAACUCUCCCUUCACACGCCUGAGCCCCCCUUCCGAUAGUCGCACACAACUCUCUGCCCCCCCCACCCCUCCCCUCUUUGCCCUGAACCCCGUCUCCUCUUCCACCCCAAACUUGACCACCUUACAGCAGCUGUAUGUGUGUGUGUGUGUGUGUGUGUGUGUGUGUGUGUGUGAGUGUGAGUGAGUGAGUGUGUGUGUCUCGAGACAGAGGGUUUAUUAACCUGCUUUACGAGGGUCCUGGUCAGCUAACCGUGGUCCUGUUUGCACACACGCAGUGCAGCCACGAAAGGGAGGCUCUCAUCUGUCGUAUGGGCAUUCUUGUUGCUUCUCAGUUUUACUUUGUUGUUGUGCCACUCUCACACUUGUGCCAGUAUUAGACUGACCCGGUCGGUCGUUUCAUAUGCCUUUAUUUCCGCAACCCAGUUAUGAUUUUCUACGGCCAAAAAAUCUACGAUAAAAAAACUUUUUUAUCAGCCAUCCUCAUUAGGCCUAGAUGAUCAGUCAGGGCAGCUAAUUUGAAACCUUUUUUGCCUUAUGUUGGAGAGUUUAUAUUGUAAUCAGAUGGGACGUCAGAAACACUCUCAUUGUGUUCAGGCUGCACUGCAUCGUGUCCAACAGAACCAAGGUUGAUGUGUUUCGGGGGGAGGGGGUGUUUGUCCUGAAUGUGACGUGUGAAAGAGAGAGACACGUGCAGGCCUCUGACCUUGCAGCGCACAAACGCAGCAGCUUAGACUGCACCUUGCAGAAAAAAAAGUAAAGCACACAUAAUACGUACUGUAAUGUAUGUUUGGAUCUCUCCUUGACCCCCCUUUUCCCCCACCUGUACUCUAACUACAACACUGGAAGACGCUGCCUCACCUCCCUUUCUCUCUCUAACUACAGCUGCCUACCUCUCACAAUAAAUUUCAGCGUAGAGUCUCUACCACCCGGUUUAGUUCCUGCACCUCGUAAAAAGGCACAGGGUGAGCAGUUUGAGGAGGGAGGAGCCAGAUUUUUGUAGAUAUUCAGUCCUCCUACUGUUUGGAGGAGAAAAAAUAGUGUGUGUUUUGUUUGUUUUCGUGCAGUUUACAUGUAAGACAAGUCAACCUGGGGGUGUAAUGAAUUGUAAAUGGAUCAAAAACCCACGUGUGACUACUGAACGAGCUGUUUACAGAAGAUCUUUACACUGCGUCCUAUUGGGAAUCAUGACAUGUGACAAUUAUGUGCCUAUAAGCUUUGAGUGAAGUGCAUUAAGUGGAGGGAUCUCCCAUUUUUAAGUGCUUUUUUUUAUCAUUUCAAAGGGGGAAGGGGGGAGUAACAGGAGCCUCCUCCCUCCCCGGAGCUUAGUACUCGUGGACUUGCACUCCUGUUGUAGAUUUGUUUUUAUAUCAUAAAGGUUUUUUAAAAAAAGCCACAAACUGAGACUGAGCCUCGCAGGUUCAUUCAUUCGCCGCUGGUAUUAAGCAGGAACGACAGUGAUAGCACCAAUGAAGUGCGAGAUGGGGCAGUGUCUUCCAGUUGCCCCCUAUUUUUUUCCAAAAAAAACAGACCUGCUUCAGAUUGUAAUUGCAAAAAAAAUAAGUGUGUGUUUUGAUCUGGUUACUGGGUCUGGUCGGUAGGAUUUGCUGCAGUUUGAGGCACUUUUUCUCAUCUCAGCAGCAAACUGCCACCCUCUCGGUCCAACAACACCUUAAAACAACCACUUGGAGUUUUCCUGCGACUAUUAUCUGACAGCGGUCUGAUGCACACACAGACAUACCCUCUGAAAUCACCUUACUGCCUCGCUGUUCCCCCCUCUCCCCUCUCCCCCUGUGGUUUUUAGUGGUUAAGUGACUUUUUGCAUCUCACAGUGUAAUCUUUCUGUGUUGUAUAUACAAACACAUACCAGUUGCAUCCUUUGUAGAAAUUGUGGUUUGCGAAAUGUCUUGUUUGCCAUGUUUGAGACCGUAUUUUUUAGAGAUUUAAUUUUGCCUUUUUUUUUUUUUUUUUUAGGAAAAUACACACAAAAAUCGAAAAAAUCGGCAUGCUUUUUAUUGAGAAUAUGUAUACUAUAAUCAUUAUUAUAAUAAAGAAUGUUUGGCUGACUACUGUGGUAAAAGAAAGCAAAGGGUUUGGACAUUUCCCCUUCUUGUUUAUGUUGUUCUUCUCCACUAUCUGUUUCUCUUGUGUAAAAUGACCACCAGACCCAUUUGACUGGGGACCCAUGGGGACACAGGUGUAGAUGCUGGCCCAGCUUUGCUCUCUUUGGUCAGGGUAAGUGCGGGUUGGUGCUCCUUUCUCUCUCCAGCCUCUCAAACUGGGUGCAAACUUAAAUUUAUUUGAAGGGGGUUUGCACUUGAACAAAUGCACUUCAUUAUUUAAUCCUGGCUAGAAAAGGCCUUUUAAAUUGACUUUUUUCACACUGUGGCAUCAUGUUGAGAGCUGGGGAGAGGCACACAGAUAGAAUGGCCUGGGUGCAUUUUGAUCUGUGGAGCAGUCCUGUUUCUGGGGUUGAUGGGUGUGCGUCUGGUCUGGUCUGGUCUCUCCCCUGCUGCACCAAAUUCUCCCCCUUCCGUGUGUCUCUGUGUCCACUCUACUCUCAGAACCUGCAUGUGUGAUAAUCUGUAACUCUGCCGCAAAAAAAAAAAAAAGAAAAAAAAGAAGCCCCGCGACAGUCCAGCUCUGAACUAACUAUCUCAACUGAAUUAGGUCACCGGGCCACCUGGAACGGCCAGCGUGCAGCCGUGCGUGAGCGUGGCGGCGUGAGCCAUGGGGACGACUUUUAAGCGCGACGCCACCACCGCAGUGGGAACUUGUUCUCUCUCUCCUCACCACCAAGCGCUUUCUCCGCCGCCACCGCCGUCGCCACCUUGGAUCUGGGUUCGUGGCUCUGGCUCGGACUCAACUUCCCAGAACCACCCACCUGACCCAACCUCCCCACCCUCCUUUGUUGCCGUAGAGGCCUGGGCGUGCCAAUGGACAGUGUUAUGUGCCGCCGGACUCAGUAACAUGACACAGAGAGACUUCAGUGUUGGACAAGUCGCUUUGCUAAAACUGUUGAAUGCUGGGUUUGCUCCACACGGCUGUGGAUGGGAUCUUAACUCCCGUUUCCCAAAAUAACCUCAUUAGAUUUUAAGUGAUUAAUCAAACAAUUUUUUUAUCUUUGGGUCCCUCACAGCCUGUGUGCCAAUCAGAAACGUCCUAUAAGAUAGGCCUUAGGUAUGAGGCCAGUCUGACCUGUAGAUUCUCAAUCUCAGGGUUCCUAUAGGACUUUUCUGGUACGGCAGCUCUAUUCCUCUAAUACUGGGAUCAGCUGGACUGGCUGGAUAUGUGCUCUGAGUGUGUUUCUACCUGUUAAGAUUGUCCCUGUGCUGAGAUAGAGAGCUUAACCCUUCACACACAAUCCCACACUCCCACCCAGGCUUUUUAGUAUGUCAAAUGAGUUGUCCGGCAUUUGCUCUGACAGCUGCGAGAUGGAGUCAGCACCAGGAGGGCGUUGCCUUCUGUCGGCCUAACAAACAAAAGGAAAGGGAAGAAGAAGGGUGAGAGGGAAGAAUAGAUGAGUAUAAGGUGAGUUGGUAGCGGAAGGAUCCUCUGUCCAAAGCUGCUUCCUAACCUCACCUUCCUGAUCUUGGAGGACCCCAUUGUUGAUCGAUAUUAUAGAUGUACUGGCCAGAACCUUAUUCUAGAAAAGACAUUUUAUUGGCCAUAGUCUAUCCUGAUAACGCAGCUUUGACUCUGAGGUCCAUCUUUGUUUACUAAAAUGUAGAAUUCCACUGAAACUGAUUGACUACAGACAUUAGGAGUUUUUGGACCAAACUGUUCUGGGGGGCUCCUCCAAGAACUAUAUAGGCUACCUUCUACUAUAACCACUUUUUUUGUUUGCAUGAGCACUGCCAACACUAAUAGAGAUGUUGGCUGUCUAGCAUCUAUAGGCUUCAUUUCUGUAACCAGUGUAGCAUGAAAGCAUGGCAGAAUUAGCUAGAUAGCUAACUUGCAAAUGGCUGACUAGUAAGCUAGCUCACUAAUUUUGCCAAGCUUUCAUGUAACACUGGUUACAGAAAUUGAGCAAAUCUGUUUGGUGGUAGUAGCACUUUCCUACAAUGUGGCAAGAGUGUGAGAAUGAAGUAAUAAUGGUGGUUCAGUUUUACUCAUUUAGUGACAAGCUAGCAGUUAAAAAUGGUGGUUGCUACUUUGGCUCCAUGGAUGUAUAAAGAGAAAUGGAUACAGUAUUGAAGGCGAACCUCAUUCAUUCCUAUGAAAGUUGCUUAGUGGCACAUUCAGCCCAAAACGUUUUAUUUCCAUUUAUGGAAUAAACUGUAUAUUUAAUAGCUUUUUUGCAUCUAUGGGGCCCAUACAACAAGUUCAUUAGAGACUUCCGUUGGUCGGCUACUUUUAAAAAUAACUUGAAUGGGGGGUAACGAUUUAAUUGUACAGUCUUUCAAAAUGUUAUUGGACCAAGUGGAUCAAAUUUGGCGGGGGUUCCAAAAAAUUGACUACCAAUUUAAAUACGUCCAUUUCCCAAUGUAAGUCUAGGGAAAAAAAUCUUUCUGGGCAUCAUGUGACGGACCCCGGACGUUAUAAUUCCACCAUUUAGUCACUACAAAUUAAAAUUUGCUCUUUCUGGCUGUUUGAUUAGCUCAUGGUCGCUCAUGGUUCCGCUUGUGCUGGAAGGGUAUCAACUCUGAAAUACAACUAAGGGGCUUUUUUUUUUUUACUCAACACAAUAAUAAAGGGGGGAUUCCUGGUCCAAAGUCACCGUUGUUUGCUCUCAGGCCCAAAUUACUGUACAUGUAGUUAGGCUAGCAAAACAAUGCAACUCUAACUUAAUUUUAUUAAAACUGCCCUGGGAACAAAGCAGCUUUAGAGUGAGUAGAUAACUCUUUCCCAGCCUCCAUGAUCAGGGCAAGUGGUGCUCCAAUUUUUUUCCUCCAGUCACCUCAGCCUCCCAGCUCUCCCGACUCCUCACUAAAGGCUUCUUCGGGUGCUUGUGAGUCUGGGCUUCCCGUGCUUGGGUGAAUGCAGCCUCUUAAACCCUCCUGCUCUGAAUUCACAGUCGCACUGUACUGACAGCCACAGCUCGCUGCAGCCUCCUCCCCUACUUCCACCUCCUCACCCACUCUCCCCCCUCUCUCCCUCGCCUUCUGCAGUUUGGACAGCUGAAGAACUCUAGAUGCUCUUUAUGCACACAUCUCUGUAUUGUGUUGUUUUCAUGGGAUCCCACAGGUUCCAUCUGUUCUCCUGCAGCAGGUACCAGUGCAUCUGGAUGAGUGCAUCUUGGUUAGAGCACAACCCCAUAGACCAUAUUGCCUUUUUUGAGUUUGCAAGUAGAGAUUCAGUAGGUUUAGCCAAUGUUACAUGACUAUUCUAGCUCUUCUAGCACAUAUGUGAAUAACAGAUAUCUACUGCUGCUCAUCGUUCCUUGAGACAGCAGUAAGGUCAUACCUAAGCCAUUACCUCAUCUACAGGGGGAUGACGCAACAUUUACACCUGCAGAAUUUAACCCUCUGAUAGAAACGUAUGGGUUUGUUUUUUUCUCGCCAAAAAUGCGCUUUAUUGUAGAAAGAAACUGGCAUCAUCUUAAGAAUUUUAACUUUCCAAGAGUCCUUGAAUGGAACAUAAGUUAUGAAAAUUUCCAUAGUAAAGUAGCCAAAACAAAGCUUAAAAUUGUUAUAUUUCUGUAAAAAUUGAAAAGUCGCCAAAAAAACCUGUUUGUAAUAACUAGAUCCUGUUAAAAACAUAAAAUUCUGCUCCUCAGAGACACUGUGAAGCCAUGAUUGAUUCUGCUGAGAUGAAUGGUCAAAUAUUCACAGAAAAUCUGUUUACACAGAGCUGAGAGGAGAGGACCGGAGAGGUUGUAAAAAUGCAACUAGUUCAGUGUUUUUAACAUGUGGAGACACAAUUUUAUUUUUCCAAUUUUCUUAACACUUGUCGGCACUUGGAAAAGUGUUGUUACUAUAAAUUCCAUUUUAUUCCAAACUUAAAAAAAUAAUCUAUCAGAGAAAUUCAACUUGCGUUCUUUUUUUUAUAAAAAUGAUUUACGUCAUUAUAACUGUGUUAUUCUGCAUCAGACAUUUUUGAGUUGUUUCCACUUCUAGCCAUGCCUAUGCUGAUUCCAUAGAGCUGCAGGACAUAAUUUUGCAGUGAGAUACAAGGCCACAGUGAGUAAAAUUCAAAAAGCAAAAAAAACACCCUGAAACAGCUUUUUUUGUUGGAGUUCAGAGGGUGAAUGCAGUUCAAUACACUAACCCUUUGUGUCGACAGUGUAUUGACUUGCAUUAGACUGUGAGGUGUUCAUGUUAUUUUGUCCAUCCUGUCUGUAUGUUUAUUAGCAACCAGAGGCCAAUCCUGUCUUUUUCUGUGGUACAUAUUUGUAUCAAAAACAACCAUAGUUGCAUUGUGUUUACAGUGAUAAGUCCCUUAGAUCAGCCAGUAGCACAGUAACCACAAAUAGUCUCUCAGUAGCUAAGCGUCUACAAGUAGGUUAAUGGACCAAGCAGAGUGUAGUUACAUUUAAAUGCCUGAUUAAUUAUAAUAUACAUUAUUCUAGUUUCCAAAGACACAUAAAUGGGUGGCAGAAUAAUGUGUCACCUCAGAUCUGCUCAUUUCAGCACAAAGUCCAAUGUGACUGGGUGGGAUUUAAGUUGCUGUAUGUUCGAUUUGCGCUAACAUGUUUACUGUGAAUGACAAAUCCUGAUAUAAACAGAAAUGAUACUGUAAAAUUGUGUAUGCAUAUAUAUGCCUUUUGAUCUGUAUUUCUUAAAAUGUUCCGAGGCAUUUUCAGUCUGCAUGCAAAUCAUGAAUAAAUUAUUUUUUUUCUCAUAAAA